UCCCAUCUCAGUUGCGCCGAUGGCACCGUGCCCCUUAGCCCGCGUGCCCGCAUCACAGCCCGAUACCGGGCAUUUACAAUUGCAACUUGUAACUUCGAAGAGUUCCUAAAAAUGCGGCGUCUGCUAGAGCGCUGACGGCGUAAUAAUAAUCAGGAACAAAGCAAUUUAAUCUAAUCUGUUGAACAGUAUAAAGUAUGGAUUCUGGGAAUUGGGCUCAGCAAAUACAGCCUUCGAUGUUUAUCUAUUAGCAACAUGUUCUGUUUAAAAUGGUGUGCGUUUUAUAACGAUUAGUCAUGUCAUGGGCGAGGUAUAACCUACGUACGAUGUUUCUAACGUAACGUAUCAGUCUGAUUAUCGUCAAUAAACUGAAAAUAUAUCCGAUUAAAUGAUGAGCGAUGCGUACCAAAGGCCUGCUACUGUUGCUUAUCUGCAUAGCAGGGAGCAGCAUCAUUUUCAUUGCUUUUUGCAAUCAACGACCUUCCAUACAAACUUUGGUUACAGAGACCCACAAGCAAUUACGAAGCUUCCAAGAGAAUUUGAAAGAUGUCGAGGAGAAGCGGUUAGUAACGGAUUCUAAAUAUCUUGCGAUGCUUGGGUUGGAUGGACAAGCACGCACAACACCUUGUAGUCUUAAAUCCCAAAAUGUGAAUGUUGUUUCCCUCAUUAGACCUGGAAAUGAGCAACACAUCUAUGGUUUUGUGAGAAAUAUUAGUCACUUUUUACCAAAUAAUAGCAUUGUCAUUUAUAGUGUUGGGUUAAAUGAUGAUUCUUUGCAAAAUAUUAAAACAGCUUGUAACUCCACAAAGUGUAACGUAAUUCAUUUUGAUACAAGUCUAUUUCCAACUCACGUUGAAGAUGACAGACUCCAUGUUUAUAGACCCUUAGUUAUUCAGACAGCUUUAAAUACAUUAGGAAAUAUAUUGUACAUGGAUUCAAAUGUACGCUUAAAUUCUUCAGAUAUCGUAAAAUGUCUUUCUCCAAAAUCUGGAAUCUUGACUUGGCCUACAAGGCAUGCAAUUAGCUCCUUGACGCAUCCAAAAAUGUAUGAAUAUUUUCAUGUUUCUGCAGAAAGUUUCUUCUUUCUUCCUCUAAUUAGAGCAUCACACAUAGUAAUUAGGAAUACAAAAGAAAUUAGAGAGAAAGUGAUGUUACCAUGGGUUCAAUGCGCGUUAACAAGAGAUUGUAUUUGUCCCAUUGGAGCUCAAUCAGCGGGUUGUCGAUUUAAUAAGAAACCGCAAUACCGGUAUUCCGGUUGCCACGCGUAUGACGCUUCUGCACUGAAUAUCGUACUUGGCUUGCACUUCAAUUUCGACGAUACGUGUUACAUACACCAAGAACGUGAAACGUAUUUCAAUCAAAUACAACCAGAGGAGAUUACCGAGGAGUAUCUUAUGAUCACGCGACAAAACAAUGCGACUGAGUCGAAUUUAAGAAAUAUCAUAUCAACAGAACGCUAAUUUUUUUCGAAGAUUUUGAAUCAUUUUAAAAAGAGAAUUAAGUGAUACAUCGAUGAAGCACAAGUUAAUAUAUAAGGAUAUGUACUAAGUUAAGAAACGAAUAAAGACUUUAGUGAAUAAUUA